AUGCAUGUGCUUGGUAAUUUGUUAUCUUGUUUGAAGAUGUCGGCUGCAACGCGUCCGCGUACCGCGGACCGCGUACGGAUCCAGACCAGAGCACUCUGGUCCGUCGUGCGUGUUCGCCGGUUUUUGCCCCGGCGCGCGCCUGGUUCGGGGGUGGGUUGGCGGUGGUCGCAGUUCUUUCCUGAAUGGCUUCAAGCCUUUACGGGCCG